UCGCAAGUACAUAUGUGGCGUAGGAGUGUUACAUCCGUUCUAAUGGCGUCAGGACCCAAGCACUGUUGUCACAUUUUGUUCUACAGUGUUUCAAUAUUUUGCUUUGUUUAUGUUAGUCAAGUUGUACAGGAAAGGGGCAGAAAAUCAAUUUGGUCUAAAAAAGUAUUAGAUACAUAUAUUAUCAUGGAGGUAACAACGGAAGAAGCACAAGCUGUAUUAUUAGAAGGCAUGGAAGGUGCUCAAUAUAUUACCAUACAAAGAGCAGACGGAGAAUCAAUGAGCAAAGGGGUGCCUCUUUUAACAUUAAAUGGAGAAUUAAUAUCUGAAGGAAUGGUAGUUGAUAUGAUUAAUGCUGGCGUUGGUACAGAUUAUGGAGCUGCGACGCAAUAUUAUGAAGCCGAUGAUUUAUUGCCCCAUGAAUUAACAGAGGAAGAUCGUAAGUUAGCAGCAGCUUUAGUUGCUGUUCAAUUGCAACAACAACAAAAACAACAACAACUUCAUAGUCAAUCGCAACACGAAGAUUCGGCACUACCUGACGUUUCUCAUUUGGAAACGUUAGCGCCUGUGAAUAGUUAUUCUAUACAAACCGUACCCGAACCAAAUCCACCCACCAUUUAUCCAACUUUACAAUCAUUUAAAAGAAUAGGACAUAAUGUAAAACAGGAAUUUAUAAAUAUUAAAAGUGAAUACGACGUCAAUGUAUCGGCUGAAAGUAGUGAGGAUACAACGCCAACUCCUGGACCUAAACGUUCUUUACCUCAUAAAAAACGGAUUCCACGUAAAUUGAAACAACAGACAAAGAAAAAUUCUACCAAAAAGGAUAUUACUAAAUCCAAUCAAGAUUCCAUAAACGUGGAACAAAGAACUGAAAUGCAAGUUCAUGUAUUUGAAUGUGAAUUAUGUGGCUCUAGAUUUAGUAGCCAAUUGAAAUUUUUUGAACAUUUAAAGGUACAUUAUGAACCGGUAAAGCAAGAAACUAGAAUAGCUCAAGCAACAAAUACCAGUAUCACAAUAUCAGUAACAGAAACGGUACAGAGCCUAGAAAAUACUGUGAUAGAAGAGUUUAGCGAACCUGAAGAUAUUAUGGAGGGAAUCAGAGGUGUGGUGGAAGAAACAGCAGCGCAUAUUAACGAUGAAACGGAAUCUCCAUUAUCCACUACAAAUAAUGAAUCUAUGUUGUGGGCUAUAACAGAUGUUACCGAUCAUGUACAUAGGGACCAUGUUAGAACGUCUACUACUACUGAACAAAAUUUACACGAAAAAGAAAAGACUGAUAUCCCGCAGACAGCAAAAAAAAAGAAAUCUUUGAAAACCCGAAAAUCGAACGACGAAUUAACGUGUCCUCAAUGCGAUCGAUCAUUUCAUCAUAAGAACAGUCUUGUUUAUCACAUGAGAUCGCACAGUGGUGAAAGACCGCAUCAAUGCGAAGUCUGUGGAAAAAGCUUCUUUGCAGCUAGUGCAUUAAAGGUACACAAACGACUUCAUAGCGGUGAUAAGCCAUAUAAAUGUGAGGAAUGCGGUCGUCAUUUUAGACAAUGGGGUGAUCUUAAAUAUCAUUCGACUAGUAUUCAUUCAGAACAAAAACAAUAUCAAUGUGAAUAUUGCGGUAAAGAUUUUGCACGAAAAUAUUCUUUAAUUGUCCAUAGACGUAUCCAUACAGGUGAAAAAAAUUAUCGUUGUGAAUACUGUAAUAAAACAUUUAGAGCAAGUAGUUAUUUACAAAAUCAUCGUCGUAUACAUACGGGUGAAAAGCCACAUCCAUGUACGGUUUGUGGGAAACCAUUUAGAGUAAGAAGUGAUAUGAAAAGGCAUAUGCAUACACAUUCACGAGGGAGAUCUGACAGGCCUUUAAAUAGAAUAAUGACUGGGAAAAAUGUUGAGGAAGAUAAUGACAAAGGUGCACAAGCUAAAACUAUUCAGGAUCUUGUAAGAGAUUUAAAACUUGAGGUAGAAGCAACGGGUGUCGUAGAGAUUGUCCCACCGGAUGAUAAUCCAGAAAGUAUUUUGCCGCAUCCCGGUGGACAAACUUUGGAAUAUACCGUAACAACAACGGCUGAUGGAAAUUCCGAGAGAGAUCCAUUGGAGGCGGUUGUUCGUACAACCGAUAAUAUGCAAUACUUUUUUAUGUAAUUAUACAUCAAGUAAAAUAAGAGAACUGUAUAAUUUCAUCCACGUGAAUGUAAGGAAAUAUCAUAAAAUGAUAAGAAAAAUUAUGAAUAAGAAAAUAUCUUAUUCAUUAUUUCUUCAUAGCGAAAUAAUUUUAUUUUUCUCUAUAAUUAUUUCCUCGGAUUUUUGUAAUUUAUGCCAACUGGAAAGUACAGAAUAAGAAUCCUAUACAAAAUAAAGGAAAAAAAGAAUAAAAGAAAAAAAAAAUAAAAAAAAAAUAAAAAAACA